CUUCUGCUGUCUCGACCGCCGAUUGUCGGAUCGGCACGCCUGCGGCACGCCAAUCCUAGUCCAGUCUCCAAGUCCGUCUUGGUCCGUCCGCGACGCGACCACGCGACCGCGGACGCGCGUGCCGGACUCGCUCCGACCGCCCAGACCGACAGUGCCGUGUCGCGUCCGCGAGUCCGCGACUAGUCAGUGACGUCACUCCAGCCGAUGCAGCCGGCGAUGCGGCCGAUGCGGCAGCAUGCAGCAGCAUCCCUGACCCGGCCGACGCCGGCCGACGCGCGCCUCCCCGCGGCCUAGUCCUAGUGUCCUAGUCCUACAGUGCAUGCGGCUGCAUACGGAGCUGUAAUUACCCGACAGCCAGCCGCCGCGCGUGCAAGAUGUGGCGCGCCGUGCUGGCCCUGCUGGCCGUGCUGUGCGCGCACGCCAUCGUGCCGGCCGACGCCUUCCUCGUCAAGACGGCGCUCCUCAGGGACCUGGGCCGCCGCGCGCGCCCCGCCAGGUCUUCCGCCGGUGGAUGCCCCUUUUCCGGCAACGCGCUGCCCCGGGACAAGCUGGUGCCGGAGAGCCUGCGCGACAUCGUGCAGGGCGUGGCCUUCCCAGGCGACAGCGGCGUGGCCCCGGACGUGCCGCCGGCCUGGCUGGACCGGCAGAAGUUCGAGCGCGGCCAGGCCUUCUCCAGGAAGAACUUCUUCAGCCUGGCGUACGCCGAGAGCCUGUCGCUGCUCAUCAACUUCCUGUUCCCCGGCGAGCUGCAGCCCCUCAUCUUCACGCGCCGCUCCUCCACCGUGUACGACUCGUACAAGCGCUACUUCGACACGGUGGCGCGCGUCAAGUCGUGGUACGAGAGCGACCCCUGGACGCCCAACACGACGGCCUACAACAACAUCGCCACGGUGCGCGGCUACCACCUGGACGCGUCGCGGCGCAUGCGCCAGGCCAGCCCGGACGCGCUGCGCCUCAACACCACCUUCGGCCCGCACUCCGACCCGCCGCACAUCUGGAGCGGCGCCACGGUGGAGCGCAUGUGCGAAGACGCGCGCGAGGGCGCGUGCCCCAGCGACGCCGUGGACGCCGUGCUCAAGGACCGCGACGUGACCAAGCGGGUGCACCUGAACCAGUUCGACAUGUCGCUGACGCAGUUCGCCUUCUCGGGGCUCAUCGCCACGUUCCCCGAGCGCUUCGGGCUGCACGGCAACCUGGAGCGCGAGCUGGACGCCUUCUGCCACGUGUGGGCCGCGCUGGGCUACGCGCUGGGCAUCCAGGACAAGUACAACUUCAACCUGGGCGGGCUGGCGCUGACGCGGCGCCGCACCCGCGACGUGCUGGAGCACUUCGCCAAGCCGCGGCUGCGGACGGUGAACCGCGACUGGGAGCACAUGACGCGCGUGCUGUUCGAGGGCCUGUCGCUCUACAACCCGGGCGUGUCCUACGAGGCCAGCGUGCUGUACAUGAUGGACCUACUUGGCGUGGCCGCGCCGCGCCUCACAGCCUCCCUGACGCCGACCCAGCGCCUGGUGCACAGCAGCAUCGGGGUGUUCAUGGAGGGCGCCAUGCGCGUGCCCAGCAUCCGCACCUGGGCCAACCAGGAGGUGGCCAACAACCUGCGCAAGGCGGGCCGCAACGCCGACUCCCAGCGCUACAAGGAGUCCAUCGAGAAGAGGUCGUACCGCUACCAGUUCCUGCCAACGCCCAGCCGCUACCAGUGUGCCUGACGUGCCCGAGCAGCGUCGCCUUCCUUUUCCGAACCCCUGGCUGUGUUGCUGUGCGGCGGUGCCCUCUUCAGUGAGAAACAGAGACCUCGUUGAGAGGCAGGGGGCGCCGAAGCGUUACUAGCACCGACAUUGUAAAUAGACCUCGUGUCGCAAACGACAAAGUAUUACUUUAGGUUAAGUUCAUGUGGAGUUUAGGCGAACGAUCUCAGUGAGUUAUGCUUCCGCAGACCGUAAAAAAAUAAUUUUGCUUGCCUCGACCGGGAUUGGAACCCGGGACCGGACGGCGCGCCCUUGUUAACGCUCUGGGGCCUCGCGGCUUCACGGUACUUCCCUGCACGAUAAGGAACGGAAUGGCGGAGGAGGCGGUGCACAGCGAGUAAGCAACACGUAACGCAUCGAAAUGCUGCAUUUUAGAAGCGACCAAAGUCCGCCAGUUUGAUGGUGGUUUGCUCUCGGGUUUUGGCUGUGCGAUGUGCUGUCUUCGCUGUGCUGUUCUGCGGCCAUUUCCGUCAUAAUUUAUUAAAACUUUUGUUGAUUGUUGUCUUACUGCUGUUAGCCUAGUUAUAACCGUAAGAUUUGUGAAUAAUGUAAAUGAGUGAAUGUGCGCCUGGAUUAGCUUCUGUACUUUGUUUUAAUUUAUUGAAGCUUCGGUACUUGUUUUUUUUUUUGUUGUUGUUGUAUUGUUUGUGAAUGCGCACUUCUCGGCACUUUAUUUAUCCGCCAUGGAUAUUGUGAUACAAGACGAAUUGUUGCCAUUUUGUCCUUUGUGUGACCCUGUUUGCUGAAUAAGACACGUUUGACGCAUU